AGAAUUAUCAGAACACUGAAGUGACUUUCCUAGACCAUAGUGCCAAAAUAUUCAAAACACUACAUUAUCUGAGCAAUUUACUCCAUAGCAUCAAAAACCCAUUGGGAACCCGAGAUAAUCCAGCACGUAUCUGCAGAGAUUUGCUCAACUGCGAACGUAAAGUGUCUAAUGGAGUUGGAAUUUAACAUUGGAAAAGUACAGAUGAACUUCCUUCAUUUACUUAGUUCAGAAGCAACCCACACUAUUACAGUUCAUUGCCUAAAUACCCCAGUGUGGAAAACUAAUGAACUACAUGAUCAGAAACCUUCCCUGAUCUUCAAAGGAUGGAAUGGUGAUAUUUUUGAAGCAAACACGCUGCUUGAACCAAAAGUUAUUAUGGAUGAAUGCAUGAUUCAAGACGGCAACUGGCACAAAACCCAGUUUUUUUUCCACACUCAAGACACAAAUCAACUACCAGUUGUUCAGGUUCAUCCAUUUUCUCAUCUCAAUCAGGGACAACAGCGAUACAUAGAAAGUGGCUUGGUGUGCUUUCUCUAGGAUUUUGACUAAACCUCUUCAUAUCGCCAUACACAGAACACAAGAAAUAAUUACAAAACUGUGGAACAAUUUGUACAGCAACAUGCUGGUGAAUUCUUUAAAGAAUCUCAGGAAGAAAAAGACUUCCUCCUAUGAAGGAGAAAUGGCUUUAAAAAAAACUUUUGACAACAUUAAUAAAAUAUUUAAUUUUUGGUUGGUGCUUUUUAUGAUAUUCUCUGAACCAAAGAAUAUGCAUAUAUGGAAAUUCUUCUUGACUUUAUUAUUCAGCACUGUCCACCUUAAAGAA